AUGCAAGGCAUGAACAUGAGCUCAAGCAGCGACGACACCGAGUGUAAAAUCUCAAUGCUAUUCAACUGGUAUACAAUAGACGCAUGUUUUCUAUCUACGGGAUGGCAGAUCAAAAACAAUGGCAUGUUCGCCGCCACCUGUAUCGGGAUUAUUCUGCUCGUCAUCCUCGUCGAGGCCCUUCGUCGACUUGGCAAGGAAUACGACACUUUCUUGACCCACCAAUUCCAGCGCCAAGCCGCCGCACUCGCUGCCAAGAAGGACAAUUGCGUGACCAGGACCGAGUCAGUGGGUCUUGGUCUCAAGUUUCGAGUGACACCUUUGCAGCAGUUAGCUCGGGCUGUUAUACAUGCGUUGACAUUUGGUGGUGCUUAUAUUGUUAUGUUGUUGGCGAUGUAUUUCAAUGUGUAUGUGAUUAUUUGCAUCUUUAUUGGUGCCGGGUUGGGAAAGUUUCUUUGUGAUUGGAUGGUCGUUACAGUUGGAGCUCCUGAAGGACUAGAAGAUAUCAAAGGCGUGCAAGAGACGACUGUAUGUUGUGGUUAA